AUGGCGACAGAGCACGGUGCACAGCUGGCUCCUGGCCCCCAGAAGACCCCUGAAGUAGCUGUAUCUCCCGGGAGUGCUGUGGAGGACCCCACCUUGACCAGGAGAAGGAGCAAGAAGGAGAAGCGGCUCUCAGGGUCCCAGAAGGCCAGUUCUGGGGAGCAGUCCUCUAGCCAGGGCUCUGAGGCCUCAGGAAGCGGCAAGAACCCCCCAAGGACCAGAGCAGGACAGGAUGAGCCACCCUCAGCACCUGCCGGGCACACCUCUCACCGACAUUCCCACCGGCAUCGCUCUGACCCUCAGCAGGACGCUGCCCAAAGGACUUAUGGGCCCCUGCUCAACCGCAUCUUUGGAAAGGAUCGUGAACUGGGCCCCGAGGAGCUGGAGGAGCUCCAGGCAGCCUUUGAGGAGUUUGACACCGACCAGGAUGGCUACAUCGGCUACCGGGAGCUAGGGGACUGCAUGCGGACGCUGGGCUACAUGCCCACGGAGAUGGAGCUCCUAGAAGUGUCACAGCACGUGAAGAUGCGCAUGGGGGGCUUUGUGGAUUUUGAAGAGUUUGUGGAGCUGAUAAGCCCAAAGCUGAGGGAGGAGACAGCUCAUAUGCUGGGCGUACGAGAGCUACGGAUCGCCUUCCGAGAGUUUGACAAGGACAGGGACGGGCGGAUCACAGUGGCAGAGCUGAGGCAAGCAGCACCAGCUCUGCUGGGGGAGGCACUCGAAGGCACGGAGCUGGAUGAGAUGUUACAAGACAUGGACCUCAACGGGGACGGCACCAUAGACUUUGAUGAGUUUGUAAUGAUGCUAUCUAUUGGCUGAGGCACCUGCCGGGAUAACCAACUGCCCCAGGGACCAAGAGACCAGCAGGACCUAGACUAUCAUACCCUUCCCCAGGGUGGGAGAGAUUCCCCCCAACCCUAGGCUGCUUCCCUCCUGACCACACCCGACUCCAGUGGCUGCCUGUGCUGACUUCUCCUCCCACUUCCAGACUCUGAAGGGGUAAAAAAAAAAAAAAAAAAAAUCAAAGCUGAUUGCAGUUCUCACUGGAGAACAAGAUUUGAAUCUCUCCAGGCCCUGGAGAGGCAGGGAUUUCCCCAGCGCUGGCUGCAUUCAUAUAAAUGAAGCACAGUGUGUUGGGGGGGAAUUCCUAGGACAUGGUAAAUAAAGAGGGUGGCCCGCUCACUUCCCACUACUUAUGUGUAUAAAGGGUUGUUUUCGAAAAAUGAACUUGGGCCUGGUAAUGGCUUAGCAGGUUAAGGUUCUUACCAACAAGCCUAAACUAGAUCCCUGAAAUUCGGGUGGUGGAAGGAGAGAGCCAACUUCACAAAGCUGUUCCUUGGCAUGUUAAUGCUCUGUCCACCCACCCCAACCCCACUCCUGCCAUGAAUAAAUAAAUGAAAAGUGAACUUGAA